AUGAGUCAGAGAAUAUCGUUCGAAAGCGCCCAAGAGAUAGGCGUAUAUUCUACACUAACCAAUUUAUAUGCUUUAGUCCCGGCUACAGAUAACGUUAAUUUUGUUUCUUAUUUUGAAGAGGCCUUAGAUAUACCUAUUGUGCAGUGUACGAUCAAUGGAAUUAAAGCCGUUGGUAUUCAAGCCGUUGGUAAUGCCAAAGGUCUUCUUGUCUCUUCUUCUACGACCGAUCAAGAGUUACAACACAUUAGAAAUGCUUUACCUGAAAAGGUAAAAGUAAGAAGAGUUGAAGAACGUCUUAAUGCUUUAGGUAAUGUUAUUGUUUGUAAUGAUCAUUCAGCUUUAGCUAAUGCUGACUUAUCUCCUGAGACUAUUGAGAGUAUUUCUGAUGUUUUAGGUGUUGAUGUUUUUAAGUACUCUUUAGCUGAUAAUGGCUUAGUAGGUACUUAUGCGGUGAUGAAUAAUACGGCUAUGCUUUGUGGGUCUAAAACUAGUGCGGAUGAGGUGGCUGAGUUAUCGGAGUUAUUAGGACUAAGAGUAGUGCCUGGGACGGUUAAUCGGGGGGCUGAUACGGUUGGUAGUGGAGUAGUACUUAAUGACUUUGCUUGUUUUGUAGGUCAGAAGACUACUAGUACUGAGAUUGUCGUUAUUGAUAGUCUGUUUAAGACUACACCUGAAGCUGAGUUAGGAGAAGAUGAGAAACGGGCAUGGCUAGAUGCAUUGCCUAUUUAA